AUGUCGUCUCCCACAACCUAUGAAAAGAGAACGGUUAGAGAGAGUAAGCUUGGAUGGCUAAGAAAAAGAUAUCUCGAGGUGAUUGACUGGCAAUGCUGUAGAAUUAAUAAAUGA